CCCCUUGACUCUUUUGCGCUUUUCUGUGAGCUGGAGGACCUAGCGCGUGGGGGGCGGAGGGGGGCGGAGGCAAGGAAGCAGAGGUGGGCAGCAGGCGCAGCUGCUAGCCAUCUAGCGUUUCUCAGCAGCACUCGAGGAGCACUGCCUGGGCCGGCAUUAGAUCUUCUGGACUUUCCAGCUGAAGCUGGCUACCCUGCUCGGCCAGGAGCAAGAAUGGAAAGGCGGGUGUUCGGGAAGUCCUUCUGUCAUCUGUCUACCUACAGACUGAUUUGGUUCUUGGCAGCAGUGAUGCUAUGCAGGGCACAAGUGCUGACCCAAGACAAAAGAGAGAAGCUGAACACACCUGCUUCCUUACAGUGCUUUCUGGAAUCUUCCCAGGAAGUCUUGAUUGUGACAUGGCAGAAAGUCAAGGCUGUAAGUCCAGAAAACAUGGUCACCUUCAGCAACGAACAUGGGGUUGUGGUCCAGCCUGCUUAUAAGAAUAAGAUGAACAUAACUGAGCUGGGACUUCAGAACACAACCAUCACCUUCUGGAAUACCACUCUGGAGGAUGAGGGGUGUUACAAGUGCCUCUUCAAUACCUUCGGUGCCGGGAAGAUCGUGGGAGAACCCUGCCUCAUGCUCUUUGUACAGCCCACGGUAUUCCUUCACACUAAAUUCUUUGACGGCCACCUAAAUGUCACUUGUUCUGCCAAUGCCCGCCCAGCCCCUUUGGUCUCCUGGAAGGUCUCUGGGUCAGGAAUGGACAACAGUACUGAGACUAUCUCACAUCCUAAUGGGACUACAUCUGUCAUCAGCGUCCUUCAGGUCAAAGACCCCAAGAAUCAAGUGGGGAAUGAGGUGAUCUGCCAGGUGCAGCAUCUGGGGACUCUGACUGACUUCAGGCAGGCCCUAAACAAUGGCUUUUGGUUUUCAGUUCCACUACUGUUAAGUAUUGUUUCCCUGGUAAUUCUUCUGAUCUUAAUCUCAAUCUUACUAUACUGGAAACGUCGCCGGACCCAAGACAGAGAGCCUUAGAAGAGUCACAGAACCCUGAACAUUAGUCGCUGGUCUACUUGAAUCUGAUGCAGGAAGAAAGCAGGAGAAAAAGGGUCAUCUCCAGGGACCUAUGAGAGCAAAAGAGAUGGAAAUUAAAGACUUAAGAAUUUCAAGACUUUCUACUGCCAUCUAAGCUCCCAGUACCUGUGUGAGUUCCCAGAUGAAGUCAUUCAACCUCUCAGGUCUGUUGUAGGAACUGAUUUUGUAAAGCAAUGCAGUGUCAUGCUACUGAAUGGAUGCCGGACUCAGAAUCAGCGGCCACAGCUGGUGGCCGACUUCGCCUGAGACUGGCAACAACCCUGUUAAUCACAUUAUUCAGAGCAUCUCCACGAAGCAUCCAGAAAAUUAAGGAGCUGGGCCAAGAUCAUUUGCCAUUCUGCUCUAAAAAAUGAAGGAAUCCUGGAAAAAGGAAAAAAAUAUGAAAAAGAGAAAAAAAUUGGGAAGGUUAAGGACCAAAGAACUUUUUUCUGCAAUUACCUUUUGCUUUUCUGUGGCAGUUCCAUCUCUUCUUCCCUGUUCUUAGGUUCAUGAGUCUGUUUCCUUGUCACUUGCUAUCUAGUCCACUGCCUGCUUCCUGCUUUAAUAGCUGCUCUCUCUAGAACCCUUGGUUUCACUGCUGUCCUUCACGUAGUGCUGUGACAUUUAACACCAUGAAAAUGGGAUUGAAUUUAUUGUGAAAUAACAUUGGUGACUUCAAUUUUACUUACCUAUUUUUAUAGCAGAAUAAAUAUUGUUAGCCUUAGAUAGCAGCUCACACUUGUUUAAAAAAAAACAAAAAAGCAUGCAUUCUUUGUCCAUUUGUCUCAUAAUAUGACCUGGCCCUAUUUUAGUCAUUCUGCAUUCAGACUAGUAUAAUGAAAAUAUAUUAUAAAAACAAGCAUUGAGGAUGUUUCCUAAGUAGCAAUUGGCGAGUUCGAAUGUUUUGUUUCUCCUGUCUUCUCUCUCACGAGUUCACUCUUCCCAGUAGUAGAGGAAGCAUGUAUGGGCGUGCAAUUCCCUUUGUCCUAACUAUUUUGUUUUAACUAAUGGAAUAAUUUUUGAACUCCUUAAUAAUCCUGAAAUCAAAUUAGUGAUUUUUUCAGUAUCUUUUGCUUUCUUGUCUCUAUCCAGUGACCUAGAAA